AUGCGAGAAAAGCACACCGCUGCAGAAUUCUCUGCGCUGUUCAAGGGUCCGGCGGACCAUUCCGGGUAUGGGGACCUGGAACUACGCGACAAGUACCUGAGCAACAUCCCUUCCCGCCGCGCCACCGAGGUCGAGCAAAUCCUCGACAUCAGCUGGGCUCAUCAGCCCAAGCUGAACAGCUUCUUCUCGGCUCGAGGCCGAGGACGCGGAGGGGCACGUGGUGGUGCACCCCAAUCCCACGCAGCUUCGGCCAGCAUCAACGCGGCCGUCGGAAAAGGAAACUUCCCCGGCACCUGCUUUGGCUGUGGGAAGCAAGGGUACCGACGUUUCGAGUGCCCCAACUGUAAGGACAAGCCUUACACAAAACGCGCCGACGCGCGGGCUAUGGUUGCCUCGGGUUCCACCCAGGCUGCGACAAGCGCCCCCGUCGCUUCAUCCUCGGCGAGUACAAGUGCUCCUUCAGCGAAAUUGGAAAGUUCCGAGCUGGUGGACUUGAUAGCACAGAUGAAGUCGAUGCGCGAGGAGCUUGAACACUAUUGGGCGAUGAAGGAGGAGGGUUUUUGA